GAGAGAGAGAACGGAGAGUGACGUAAACGCAACCGGUGAAAGCACCCUUUUAAGUCCCCGCCGGUGACUCCAAACCGUCCUAACCAAAAUCAUCUCAGCUUCUCCCAUUACCCUUUUCAUAAAGAUCUUCACUUUCUGGGGGAUUCAUCUCUCAAAAUCCCAUCUCUUUACAGAAAGAGACUCUUCCUUCCAGUAUCUUAUAGGAAAUGAUGUUCUAAGUCGUUAGAGGACUCGAUAUGGAAGGGAGUGAAACAAAGGGGAAAGUCAAGAAACAAACCGAGAAGGCUUGUGUUUCGGUUGAGAGAGUUGAGUCUACUCUACUCUCAUCUCUUGUAAAGAAGAAAGGAAAAGAGACAAACAGUAAAAGAAAGUAUAAUAAGCGCAAAACCGAGGAAGAGAUAUGUUCAAAGUUCAGCAACAAGAAGUACUCUCGAGGAUUGGAGGCGGAGGAGGAGGAAGGUAAGAAAAGGAGGAAGAGGAAAAGCAAGACACAACAAAAGGGUAGUAAUAAGGUUGAGGAGGUUGAUGAAGCUUUACGGUUGAAGAGGCGAACAAGGUAUUUGCUUAUUAAGAUGAAGAUGCAGCAGAAUCUUAUUGAUGCUUACGCAGCUGAAGGUUGGAAAGGUCAGAGCCGGGAAAAGAUAAGACCAGACAGGGAGCUAGAGAGAGCAAGGAAAGAGAUCUUAAACUGCAAGCUUGGACUACGAGACGCCAUUCGUCAGUUGGAUCUUCUUAGUUCCGUGGGAAGGAUGGAGGAGAAAGUGAUGGCUCCAGAUGGUUCUAUUCAUCAUGACCAUAUAUUUUGUGCGGAAUGCAAUUCACGAGAAGCUUCUCUGGACAACGAUAUAAUACUUUGUGAUGGAACAUGUAAUCGUGCAUUUCACCAGAAGUGCCUUGACCCUCCUUUGGAAACAGAAUGCAUACCUCCUGGAGAUCAGGGCUGGUUUUGCAAAUUUUGUGAUUGCAAAAUCGAAAUCAUCGACACCAUGAAUGCACAAAUAGGAACUCAAUACCCUGUGGACAGCAACUGGCAGGAUAUCUUCAACGAAGAAGCUAGUCUUCCUGUUGGAUCUGAAGCUACACUCAACAAAGAAGCAGAUUGGCCUUCGGAUGACUCUGAGGAUGGUGAUUAUGACCCUGAAAUGAAGGAAAGAAGCAACAGCAGAAGCGAUAGUGGUGAUGGUGGUGGUGGUGGUGAUAGUGAUGGAGAAAGCAUUUCGACUAGCGUUAGUUUAGCUUCUGAUGGUGUAGCUCUUUCAACAGGAUCAUGGGAAGGUCAUGAGUUUGGGAAUGUAGUGGAAUCAUGCGAGACAAGUAAUGAAGAAACUGUACAUGGGCCAAGACAGAGGAAGACUGUUGACUAUACAAAACUAUACCAUGAAAUGUUUGGGAAGGAUGCUGUAUUGCAAGAACAAGGUAGUGAAGACGAAGACUGGGGUCCAAGUGACAGAAGGAAGAGAAGAAAGGAAUCUGAUGCAGCAGGCACACUUGUAACUAUUUGUGAAAACAGUAAGAAAGAGAAAGAUGUUGUUGAAGAAGUGCCUGAACAGAGUGAGAGAGAUUCUGUUUCUGUAGAAGGUAAAGGAGGGAGACGGCCAAUUUUCAGAAUCCCAAGAGCUGCAGUUGAGAAGCUACGUCAAGUGUUUGCAGAGAAUGAGCUUCCUUCAAAAUCUGUGAGGGAUAGUCUUUCAAAAGAGUUGAGUCUUGAUCCAGAGAAGGUGAGUAAAUGGUUCAAAAACACACGGUACAUGGCAUUGAGGAAUAGGAAGGCAGAGAGUGUGAAACAACCUGAGGAAUCGAAGGGGUUGUCUGGAGAAGAUUCUGGACCAGAAGCAGUCAUGAAGAAAAACACAGAAGCAGAUGAGAUUCAAGAUACCGCGGAGGAGACUGUCAUGGAGAAAAACACAGAAACGAAUGAAAUUCAAGAAACAGUAGACGAGACUGUCAUGGGGACUAACACAGAAACAAAUAAAAUUCUAGAUACCAUGGAGGAAAGAACAGAGAGGAAUGAAAUUCAAGAGACCGUGGUGGAGACUGUAAUGGAUGAACACACAGAAACGAAUGAAGUUCAAGAGACCGUGGACGAGACUAUCUUGGAGACUAACACAGAAACACAUGAAGUUCAAGAUACCAUGGACAAUGAGACUAACACAGAAACACAUGAAGUACAAGAUACCAUGGACGAUGAGACUAACACAGAAACGAAUGAAGUUCAAGAGACCGUGGACGAGACUGUCUUGGAGACUAACACAGAAACACAUGAAGUUCAAGAUACCAUGGACAAUGAGACUAACACAGAAACAAAUGAAAUCCAAGAGACCGUGGACGAGGCUGUCAUGGAGAAAAACACAGAAACUAAUGAAGUUCAAGAUAGCAUGGAUGAGUCUGUUCCGCUCUUGUUUAAUGAUCCUCUGAAACAAACAACAGUGUCUCCCUGUAAUGAUGAUUACAAUGAGGAAACUCAACACGCCAGUGAUUCAUUUCCUACACCCAUAGAAGAAGAAAGUCAACAGUAUCUGGAGCAGAAAGACUCUUCACACACUCUACUGCCACAUGAAGAGGUAAGCAGCGGAAUGAGCCUUGAGACGCCUCUUGAGGAUAAGGAAACAGAGAGCAAGGUGAAGGAAGAAGAAGCAUUCGAAGCAGUAAUGGAGAGGCUUUGUAGGGCAGAAAACAAGUUACUGGAUGUAACACAGAGGCUUGAGAGAUUUAGAACACCGAAAGGCCGUAAAAAGUUAGGCAAGUCUUCUUCUUGUUCACCUGAAGAAGACUUAGUAGUGUAUGUUCCAACAGCAGAGAUCAAGGAGAACAGAUGAAAAAAUAAACUUCGAUCUCUUGCACAAGUUUUGGUUUUCUUAGAUUCUUUGAGAAUUUUGGUUUUCUUAGAUUCUUUGAGAA